CAAAAACCCGCCCUUCUGCCCCGGUUGCUUCGACCGAACCCAUCUGCGGCCUUCGACAUUCUCUCUCCCGACACAGCCAUGACUUCUGUAGCCUGCUGCGGCGGAUUCAUUGAUUCCGGCAAUCCCGCCGGCACCACCUCGCCCAUCGGCGGCAUCGACUGCUAUGUCGCACCCCGAACAGCCACCACUGACUCGUUCAUCGAGAGCACCGCCAUCGUCGUCGCCACCGACAUCUUUGGUUACAAGCUGCCCAACUCUCGACUGAUUGCCGACUCGUUUGCCAAGGACACCCAGUUCCUCACCGUGGUGCCGGAUAUCUUUGAAGGCACCGAGCCGCCGCCGGAGCUCCUGCAGUGCGUCGAGACCCUCUCGGGCGAACAGCCAGCGACCUUGUUCCAGAAGGCCCAGGCCAUCGGGGCCAUCCUCUGGCACGCUCCGGCCUUCAUGUACUUCAACCCCAUCUCCAAGGGCGUCAACCGAAUCCGCAAGGUGAUCGAGACUCUGCGCCAAGAGCGCGGCAUCAAGCGGGUCGCCUUGAUCGGCUAUUGCUGGGGCGGCCGCAUUGCCGUCAUCCUCAGCCAGGAGCCCGGCGUCGCCGAUGCGGUCUGCUCGGCCCAUCCCGGCGGCCUCACCUUCCCCGAUGACAUUGAGAAGAUCCAGGCUCCUAUCCACUUUGUUCUGGCCGACAAGGACCGCAGCGUCAAGGAGGAGCAGAUCACCAUCAUCCGCGACGUCCUGGGCAAGAAGAACGAGGCCGGACGUCUUGCCCACCAGAUCGAUGUCUACCCCGGCACCACCCACGGAUUUGCUGUCCGUGGCAAUGAAAACGAUCCCAAGGUCAAGGCUGCUCGCGAGAAAGCCUACAAGGACUCGCUUGCGUUUUUCAAGGAGAACCUCGCCAAGCUGCCCUGAGCACAGAGGGCCCCGGUGCAGUGUUGAUCAGCUGCGUGGUAUCCAGCAGCGGAACCCACCAUUUGCCUGAUUGAUUCACUCGAGCUUUUCCAGAUAUCAUGACCUUUUCAGCCCUUUGAUUUCGUUUACUUCUGCUGCACCCCAUCUGUGAUUGACCAUCCUCCAUCUUUUGCGUCUGGCGUACUCAAUGCUGAUAUUUGUUGCAAUUAUCAAUAUAAACCUGUUUUCUCAAAGACUCGGCAUCCCGACAGUCUUUCGUCCAAGGAGUGAGUUUCCGCUGUGGUAUGCAGCGCUUGCUGUGAGCGACUCAUGGCCAAGUGAUGGGUCGCUGCUGAGAGUCGUAUUGCUGCU